AUGGGGGAAAAUGAUGAUGAAAAAUGCAGUCAAGCUGGCCAGAUAUUUGAAAACUUUGUACAAGCAUCAACAUGCAAAGGUACCAUUCAGGCCUUUAAUAUUCUCACUCGCCAACUUCAGUUGGAUCCUUUGGACAAUAGAAACUUUUACACCAAAUUGAAGUCAAGAGUGACCACGUGGAAGGCCAAAGCUUUGUGGAACAAGCUUGAUAAAAGAGCAAGUCACAAAGAAUAUAAACGUGGAAAAUCUUUUAUGAACACUAAGUGUUUAAUUAUUGGAGGUGGCCCGUGUGGCUUGCGGACUGCCAUAGAACUUGCCUUCCUGGGGGCCAAAGUCGUGGUGGUGGAGAAGCGGGACACUUUUUCAAGAAACAAUGUGUUACAUCUCUGGCCAUUUACAAUCCAUGACCUCCGGGGACUAGGAGCAAAGAAAUUUUAUGGGAAAUUCUGCGGAGGAUCUAUUGAUCACAUCAGUAUUCGACAACUUCAGCUUAUCCUCUUCAAAGUUGCACUUAUACUAGGAGUUGAAAUCCAUGUGAACCUAGAAUUCGUGAAACUCCUGGAGCCUCCUGAAGAUCAAGAAAACCAAAAGAUUGGUUGGAGGGCUGAAUUUCUCCCCAUGGAUCACCCUUUGUCAGAGUAUGAAUUUGAUGUUAUUAUUGGUGCAGAUGGCCGCAGGAACACUUUAGAAGGUUUCAGGAGGAAGGAGUUUCGUGGAAAGCUGGCUAUAGCUAUUACUGCCAAUUUUAUAAACAGAAAUACAACUGCAGAAGCCAAGGUAGAAGAAAUUAGUGGUGUUGCUUUCAUCUUCAAUCAGAAGUUCUUCCAGGACCUAAAAGAGGAAACAGGAAUUGACCUGGAGAAUAUUGUUUACUACAAAGACAGCACUCAUUAUUUUGUGAUGACAGCAAAAAAGCAGAGUCUUCUGGACAAAGGGGUGAUUAUUAAUGACUAUGUUGAUACUGAGUUGCUCCUCUGUGGGGAAAAUGUGAACCAGAGCAAUUUGCUGUCCUAUGCCAGAGAAGCUGCUGACUUUGCAACCAAUUACCAGCUGCCUUCCUUGGAUUAUGCAAUUAAUCACUAUGGGCAACCAGAUGUAGCAAUGUUUGAUUUUACUUCCAUGUAUGCAUCUGAAAAUGCUGCACUAGUGAGAGAGAGGCACAGACAUCAGCUCCUGGUGGCACUUGUUGGAGAUAGUUUGCUUGAGCCCUUCUGGCCAAUGGGUACUGGCUGUGCAAGAGGCUUUUUAGCCGCUUUUGAUACUGCGUGGAUGGUGCGGAGCUGGGCUCAAGGAAAACCCCCGUUAGAAAUCCUUGCUGAACGGGAGAGCAUUUAUCGACUCUUGCCUCAGACUACCCCUGAAAAUAUUAACAAGAACUUUGAUCAGUAUACCAUUGACCCAGGAACAAGAUACCCCAACUUGAACUCAAGCUGUGUUCGACCUCACCAGGUGAGACAGUUAUAUGUUACCAGUGAGUUACAACAAUGUCCACUUGAAAGAGUAAGCUCCAUUAGAAGAUCAGUGAAUCUCUCAAGACAUGAGUCAGAUAUUCGUCCUAACAAGCUUUUGACCUGGUGUCAGAAACAGACAGAAGGGUACCGUAAUGUUAAUGUCACAGACCUGACUACCUCCUGGAAAAGUGGCCUUGCCUUGUGUGCAAUUAUCCAUCGCUUCAGACCUGACCUCAUUGAUUUUGAUGCUUUGAGUGAAGAGGAUGUCGUCAAAAACAAUCAGCUGGCAUUUGAUGUUGCUGAGCGGGAAUUCGGGAUCCCCCCUGUGACCACAGGGAAGGAGGUGGGGUCAGCCAAGGAGCCUGACAAGCUCAGCAUGGUCAUGUACCUUUCCAAGUUUUAUGAACUGUUCAGGGGCACACCUCUGCAGGCAGUAGAUGCUGAUGACAAGCAAAAUGGAGACAAUUAUGAUUUUUGCUCAGCAAAAUCAUCAAACUUCAUCUUCAAUAAUUAUAUCAAUUUAACUUUACCAAGAAAACGAGUACCAAAGGGUGAAGGGAAAACAGAAGAAAAGGAGACUAACAAAAGACGUCGAAAAGGUCUUUUUGGUGUUUUUGAGGAGGCUUCAGCCUUUUCAGGCCAAGGGACAAAUGCUGGGAAAGAACAGAGUGAUGGCAGAGAAGGAAUGAACCAGAAUAAAGUGAAAUCGAUGGCAACACAACUGUUGGCAAAGUUUGAAGGGAAUGCUUCAAAUACAAUUUUGCGGAGGCAGGAACUAGAUAGACCAGCCCUGCUCUCUUCUGAUCCUCCUGUUAAUGCUCGCUUUGCUAAACCUACGGAUCCAAGCCUUCUUCCACCUCAACCAAAAAGGCAGGUGGUAGCUAGGAGUGAACGUGAGGUCAGGGAACCCAAACAGUCUUUAAAUGGUUCUGAUCAUAUGGCCAGGAGAGCAAAGACUGUACAAAAAGCAGAUACCCAGCCCAGUCUGUCAGAAACCUCUGAAAAUCUCGCAUCUGCCUGUUCUGCUGCCUUUGUACUUUCUGGAGUGCUUGAGCGUCUUCAGCACCUGGAGGAAAAAAUAAAACAGAAAAGAGCCCAGACCAUAGCAAAUAGGGAAUUCCAUAAAAAGAACAUUAAAGAGAAAGCAGCACAUCUUGCCUCAAUGUUUGGACACAUGGAGUUUCCAAAGAAUAAGCUACCUACUAAAGGCUUACCUCAUUCUCAGCUCCCAGCUCCCUCUUGCCCUCUAUCUCAUGAUUCAGCUGCUGCCUCUUCUCCAUCAUCUGUCAGUUCAGCUUCUCCUGCUAGGAAAAUGACUGUAGGAAAGGUCUCACGUGCAAUUGGAGCUGUGGCUGAAGUUCUUGUCAAUCUGUAUGUGAAUGAUCACAGACCAAAGCCACAGCUUCCCCACCUUGAACUGGGAUCUCUGCGAAAAGAAUUCCCUCAGUCCAUUGGGGGGAGUGACACUUGUUAUUUCUGCAAAAAACGGGUCUACAUUAUGGAGCGGCUGAGUGCAGAAGGCCACUUCUUUCACAGGGAGUGCUUCAAGUGUGAAAUAUGUUCUACAACACUCCGGUUAGGAAUUUAUGCCUUUGAUGUUGAAGAAGGUAAAUUUUACUGUAAACCUCACUUUACACACUGCAAAAUCAGUACUAAACACAGAAAGAGAAGAGCAAUGAUACAGAUCCAAGGAAAGACAACAGAAGCAUGGAAAAAAGAGGAACCCAAAUCCACGGAGACCAUCACAGAAAACACUUUGUCUGCAGCUAGCAGUCCAGAGGACAGGUCCCCAGGUAUCCUGACUUCCUUCUUUAGGGGCACGCUAAGCUGGCCCCUGCGGGUGACAAGGGAUCUGCUUGACAUUCCCAGACGCCUGUCUAACUGGAUGCAUGGUUUUCUGCAUGCUACCAAUCUUCAUUUCAGGGACAAUGCAUAUAACUAUACCUACUUGUACGAACUCUUGAGCCUUGGUGUGCCAUUCCUCUAUGCUCUUCUAGAGGUACUUGCUCAUAUGUACCGGGAAGCAGAGCUAUCACUUGAGAAUGUGCUUGAAUGGAAUCGCUGCAGCGAUGGCCAGAGUUGGCUGCUGGCCAGUGGGAUCAGUUUGCCUGGCUAUGCAGAGGCAGGUGACCAUCGCCAGCCCACAACUGAUGAGCCCACUUCCCCAAAGAAGGUGAAGAGCAUCCCCAAGUGCCAUGGCCUGGAGAGCUGGUUCUCACCCCCUUCCCCUGAGUGGGCCACCGUGAGGAUCAUUCCUGAGGAGGAGAUGACUGAACACAGCCUUCUUGCUAUCCGAGUCAUGGUCACCAGUGAUGCAAGCAGCUCUGAGCUGGAGUCUGAUUUUAAUGGUGACUCAAACUCUGAAGUGAGUGAAGGAUGGACCUCAUUGCCUGAACCCUCUGCCUGCCUGAGCCCUUUCCAGAGGUGGGCGUCACUCACCAGGAGCCCUGUGGUGCCAGAGGAAGGCCCCAAAACAUCCAAAGUUGCUGAUGUGCUACAGAGAGCCAACAGUUUUCACUCCACAGCAUACAAUAAGUAUCAGAAUUGGAGGAGAAAACUCCAAACAAACCCCUGGGCUGUGGGCUUUAUGGCUCUCAUCAGUGUUAUGAGGGCUAUCACUGUACCAGCAGUUGCCUUUCUGCUUGGUAUGCUGAGCCAUGACAUUUGCACAAGUCAGGAGACUCAGAGCAGCACCAGAGGUUUUCCACAGACCUCUCCUGGGAAUGGGACACUGGCUGCUGAUUUUUCAGAGCCUGAAGAUUCAAACAGUGACAUUGGGACACACGCAACAAAGAGCUGGAAGGAAAAAACCCAGAAAUGUACCUCUGAAGCAGAUUUUAAUAGGAAGAAAACAAUGUUGUCAUCUCUAGAUUUGAAAGUGAAAGAUGGCAAAAAUACAAGGCACCCAGAAGAAAACCUUGAGCAGGAAUUAAAGGAGACAGAAAAGAAGCUGGUACUUUGUAGUCAACAGCGACCCUUGUCGUAUGAUUCAAGCAGGGUGGACUUAGGACAAAACAAAGAAGCCCUGUGGAGUUCAGAAGAGAAGGAUUCUGACUGGAGGGGAGAUGGAUUCAAACUCUCUUGUCCUAUGCCUCUCUUAUUUGCAGAUGAUGCUCCACCAGUUUUGCCAGUUGACACAAAAGAUUCUCUGAGGGGUCCAGAUCCAGUUUCCAGGGAGCAUGCAGCUGGCUGCCCGAAAUCACCACUAAAGCUCAUAGCCAAUGCCAUCAAAAGGUCCAUUUUGGAACCUCUAACCUCAUCUCCAGAAGGACUAAAGCAGGACUCAGACAGCAAAGUCAAAGCCUCCUCAGAACAAGCUUUCUUCAGCUUCCCCAGUGCUCCUGGCUGUUCCCUAAGCCAAAGGAACACUAACAGUAGUAGAACAAAUAACACUCAGCCAAGGGAGCUUAAAGCAGGGGAGUGGGCAGAAGAGUAUUUAGGAAAUGGGAGCCCUUUCUCAAAUACAUCCAGUGUUUCUGUUGGCUCGGAAGAGAGAUCUCCAAGGCAUUAUAGCAAGAAGGUAUCCUUCCCUGUCUACAGUCCUCACACCAGACCUUCCAAGACAACCAGUAUACCUCAGAAAUCAUCUUGUACUAGGAUGGAGGAUGUCCCAGGACUUCUGGAGAAGUUUACCUUUAAAGAGACUCCUCCAGGGGCUCCCAUGGAUAACAUGUUUAUCUGUAAUGAAAAGCAUGUCCUCCUUUCAUCUCUAGAGCCCAACAACACCUCCAAGGACAAUCUGGAUGAUUCUGGACAGAAGGGUAGUCUUGGGUCACUUUUCAAUAGACUGAGAAGUAAAUUUUGUGACAAAGAAGGGAAUUCCUUUGUGUCAUCUCUGCCUUUCUUGAAGGACCAUUCUCCAGAACGUUAUCCUUUCACAGGAUGUGAACACCUACCUGUCAGAAAACAAGUUAUUGAGUAUUCUACUUCUUCCUCUGAUGAUGAAUUUGAAUCCAAGCCUUUGUUAACACACAAGGCAAAAAGGGCUCUCAGAAGGAGAAGGAAGCUGGAGAAAGAGACAAAGCAACUGAUUAAACAAGAGGAGCUAAAGAGGCUUCACAAAGCACAGGCAGUCCAGCGCCAGCUAGAAGAACUGGAGGAAAGACAAAGAGCUCUAGAGACUUUUGGUGUCAAACUGGAGAGAGAACUAAGAGGAGAAUCAGAUUCAGGUAUUAACGAUGAAACACAGAUGCUACAUGAAUGGUUUGAGCUGGUCCUGGAGAAGAAUAAAUUAAUGCGUUAUGAGUCUGAGCUCCUGAUUAUAGCUCAAGAGCUAGAACUAGAGGACCACCAAAGCCGACUGGAACAAAAGCUGAGAGAAAAAAUGGCCACUGAUGACAGCCUUAAAGAUGAGACAGAUCUGAAUGAAGAGGAUGAAAUCUUUACUAAGAUGAUGAAAGUGGUUGAAGAAAGGGAUAAACUUUUAUCUAUCUUAGAGGAGCAGAGAGUAAAAGAAAAAGCAGAAGACCAGCACUUUGAAAGCAUUAUACUAUCUAGAGGCUAUCAGCUGGGCAGGAUUUAA